GAGUUGCCAAGAUGAAGGAGGCUGCGCAGAUCGCCGCGUCAUCCGAGCCGCAGUCCAACCAAAAGGACGAGAGCGCGGUCAAGGGCUCGAGCCUGCGCGACCUCGUCGCUGCCAUCGAGCGCGAGGUGCAGUUCCUCGAUGGCACGAUCCCGCUCGCGCAAAAGGCCAAGCUGCAGGAGGCGCUCGCGGCCUACAGCGGCGACAUGGACGAGCUCGGACGCUACGUGCACUUUGACCCGUCGCGCAACUACACGCGCAACCUGAUUGCAACCGACAACACAACGUACGCGCUCAUCCUCCUCUGCUGGAACCGCGGCAAGUACAGCCCGAUCCACGACCACCCGUCCGACGGCUGCUGGGUCCGCCACAUCCAGGGCACGGUGCACGAGGUCCGGUACUGGAACGACGGCGUGACGCUGGCCGAGGCGUCGAGCGUCAUGGUCACGCACGGUGUGACGUACAUGGACGACUCGCUCGGCCUCCACAAGGUCGGCAACCCGAGCGACGAGGUCGACGCGAUCACGCUGCACCUCUACGCGCCGCCGUACGAAAAGUGCCGGCUCUACUUUGACCCGGAAGACGCCAAUAAGAACUCGGUGGCGUUUGCCACCUUCUACUCCGAGUACGGCGACAUGACGCAGGGCGGCGAUUAUUAACAAGUCCUAUAAGAUAACACUGCGUUCUAGUCCAGCACACUCGACCUGCUUGGCGACUACGAAUACA